AUGGACCGGUCUUCGUCGUGGACCAACGCCGGCCGCAACGCCGACUACGUUCCUCCCAGCCGCGUGGCGAGGAUGGCCGUCCCGAGCCCCCGCCCCCCACCAGCUAGUACAGCCGAAGCCGUCGCCACCGCUCGACGUUCCGAAUACGGCGCUGGAGGGAGUAUUCUACCCGUUCUACCGUCGGCCAGCCCCAACGCGUCCAAACGCAGCAGCUGGACGACACCUCGCUCCCCCCCGGGGUCAGGAGACUCGACGGCAGCAGACGACGACUUCCACGCUUCCAGCUCGGAGACUUACGCGCCUCCUCCUCGACGUGCCGAGCUUGCGGCUGCAAGACGCGCGGAACCUGUUCGCCAGCGCUCGAUAUCCGACGGACUGUUCGCGUCCGAGACGGAGCAGGCGCAGCUCGCGUACAUGGAGCAAAUGUACGGCACCAUCAACCUGCUGAACGCCGAGCUGGAGACCGAGAGAAGACACCGCGCGGCUCUCGAGACGGCGCAUGCAACAGCGCGACCGUCGACGUACGCGGCCAAGCCAACGGACUAUUUGAGCUUCGAGGAGGACGUGCAGAUCCCCAUGACCGAGUUCGACGAGCCCCCGACGGGCUACGUAGUGAGCCAAACGCCCGUGGCACCGUCCUAUUCCCCUCGAAAGCUCCGCACGAUGCCGUCCCCUCCGUCACACCCGCCACAGAGUCAGCACCGCGUGGCUCGACCGCCAGUUUCUCCCAGAUCGACCACCAAGGAGCAGGGCGAGGAACUGUGCGCAACGCUGGGCAAGAACGCGGAGCUGCGCAUCCGGUCGCGAGACAUGGAGCGCACGGUGGAGAAGACGGAGCUCGAGCUCGAGCUGGCGCGCAAGCAGAUCAAGAUGGCCGAGCGACGCGCGGAGAACCGGGAGGAGAAGCUGCGCGCGCUGCUCAAGGAGAAACUCAACUGGCAGAAGGAGCUCAAGGCCACGCGCGCGCAGGUCGUGGAGGAGAAGAUGCGGCAGGUCGACCUCUUCCGGGAGGUGGAGGCGGCCAAGCGCCACUUCACAGCCGAGUUGGAAGCCGUCGAGCAGGAACUGAGGUCCGCCCAAGAGGAGAACACCCAACUGCGCACUCACGCAGCGGAGAUGAAGGCGCAGAUCAACUUCCAGACGCGCAAGAUGGAGGAGAUGGCUCGGCAGGCGCAGGACGAGAAGGCUCGGUUUGUCGCCAUGAUCGAGGACACGAGACAUCGCUUCCGCGAGUGGAAGGAAGGAGAAGCGGAAGCUCGUCAAGCAGCUCACGAUCAAGUCGUGCGGAACCUCAAGACCGAGUACGACCUCAAGAUCGAGCGGCAUCAGGACGAGAAGCAGAAGUUGCGCGACAAGGUGAACGACUUGGAGGUGUCCAUGCGGUUGUUGCAGAAGGACCGGGCGCUGUCCCCGCUCGAGCUAAGCUUGAGGAAGGCCACGAUACUGGGCAGUAAGGAGAACACGGGCGCUGUUGCAGCCGAGCACAUCGAGACGCAGUCGAGGAUUCUCGAGCUUGAGAACCUGCUCGCCCACUCGCAAGAGUACCAGGCUCGACAGGAGAGCAUCAUCAAGCUCUCCGAAGCUACGAUUUCCCGCCUCAUGCAGGAGCGAGAGGUGACGGCGCUGGAGAACUUGAGUUUGCAUCCGUUCGGCGUGGAGCCCCAGCCGAGAGGGGAGGAUUUGUCAUACGAAACUCACGUGGCAGGUUACAUGACAGCCCCGUCAAGUCCCGCUCGACCGCCUGGAACGCCUCCACGAGGCCACCAACUGCCCGUCAGGAGCAAUGAACCGCCCGUUGUACGUUCACCUAAGUCCAGAGCUCACACCCCAAGGCGUGCAGACCUGGAAGCGAGUAUCGCCCAGGCAGCAGAGCUGGAGAGUGCGACAAACCAGUCGGUCAAUGUCGAGAUCGCAGCGCCGAGUUCGAGAGAGCAGAGCUUGAUGGAGGAACUGGAACAACUACGCAAAGCUUUAGCUGAAGCCCAAGUGAAGGCCGAGGCGACAGCGGUCUCAGAUAACAAGCAGGUGGAUACCAGUGAGGUGGACAUUCAGGCGAGCGGUACUCUAUCGGAGACGGUGGAGACUCCUGUUGCGCAGGAUAACGGGAAGGCUGAAGAGAGCGUGGGGACGAUGAAUGAAGAAAUGACUGAGAUCAAGGCGGAGGACACGCCGGAGGCUAAAGACGAGAAGCACGCAAGUGAUACUGCGACAAAGGUGCCUUGUGAAUCGCCUCUUCCAACAGAAACAGAUCCGUGCCAGGAUGCCGACGACGACGAAGAAGGGCGUUCUGACAACGCUGUGAGUGAUGUUGCGUCUGCAGACGAAAUUCCUGCGCCCAGUGCCACCGCUGGGGACGUCGAGGAUUCGAGGGAGACCGCAGUAAACGAACCGGGAUCGUGUGAAGCUGUGAGUGGUGAAACUCCGAUCGAAGAUGAUGUCAUAGCGGCGACUGAGGAGGGAACAGCCGAUCCAAGCGUGAAGGAAGAAGUGGACAUUGGAUCUAAAGAUGAACCAAUUGAUAACAUUCACGCACAAGAAGAAGAAGAUCAACAGCUACCGUGCCCAGAAGCCAGUCUCAACGAGAGCAACAGUGAUGCAGAUAACGUUGUGGUCGUGGAAGACGUGUUUUCUGACUCGGAGACGGGCAACGAUGCCGUCAUUGUUGACCACGAAAAUCACCCAGCACCUGACGAAAUUCCAAGCGAUGCUGAAGAUUUAAAGGAAGUCGACUCAUCUUUGCAGCUCGGCAGUGCAGCUCCUGCUGAUGAGAGUGCUGGCUCGAAUAUUGGGGAUCAUGAUGAGUCUCCAAAGAAUACUGAUGGCCAAGAUGAUGCUAUCGAUGCUACUGCAGAAACCGUGAGCGAUGAUAAUGCAGAGCAGGAAGCCACCACUGGAGAAUUGGCUGAAAUUGAUACCCUCGAUGGUCCAUUUACUUGCGAAGCACCGCAAACCGAAGUGGAAGUCGUUACUGUGGACAAACAUGAAGCAGGCGAUGGUGAUCCCAGUGAACUAGAGGAAAGCGAUGCCGAUGUACCAGCGUACGCUUCGGAUAUUGGCGGAGGUAACGCGACUGUAGCCGAUGCCAUCGAGGAUAUCCCUGACGACGUGAACCUACCUCGCAGUCAGGUGCCUAAAGAGGAUCCUUCCAUUGUAAUUGACGCUGGCAAUGACGGUGGUGAUGCCAAUGGUGUAGCAGCAAAACAGUUCGAUUUGGGGACAAUCACUGACGUUCCGGGGCAAGGAGAACUAAGCGGUGUUCAACCAUCUCUUGCUGAUGAGCGUCACGCCGAUCCACAGGGUUUCGACAGCUCUGAAGUGCCAAUACCGGUUGCUGUCGACUUUGAUCCCUCGAUCGCUGAUGAUGUACGAGUGCUGAAUGAAUUCGAGCAAUCCGACGCUGAGACAGAGGAAGUAAACACCUCCUCGAAUGCUGUUGAAAGUGACAUUUCGAUACCCUCUCCUGCAGAGAAUGAACCAGGGGUGAUCGUUGAGAACAGUGAGCAGGAAGUGGUUGAGCCUAGCAAGGAACUAUCAGCUCGUGAAGAUGAGGCUCCGUCAGAACCAGUGGAGGCUCUCGUCGAGAAUGCGAUUGAGGAAAAUGGCACGCAGGUGGCUUGCGAAGAAGCAAAACCUACCUCGUCAGACGUUGUGGAACGUGAAUUGACCGAGAUUGUAACAGGAUCGGUGGAGCUUCCAGACGAGAGCAACGCUGUUGAGGAAGUCGCCGUCUUGGACGAUGCACAGGAAGCGGCAAUUGAGCCAAAUGAAUACGUAUCAAUCCCGUCAGACGCUCUUGAAAGCGAUCCCGUGGAGGUUGAGGCGGGAUCAGUAGAGAUUUCUGCAGAGACUGCCAUCACGGAGGAUGACAUUGUGGAGAGUGACACGAAUGCCACGGUUGACUCGUGUGAAGGCGCACCAACUACCUCGCCAAACGAAGUUGAAACUGCGCCAGUAGAAUGUCCGACGGAGUCGACCGAGUGUCCAGCUGAGAGUGACACCGUCGAGACUGACGGUGUGGAUGAUAGUACGCAGAUAGCAGGUGAGGUGUGCGCAGAAGCACCAGAUGUGUCGCCAGUCGUUGCGGAACAUGAGCCCGUCGAUGUGUCGAAUGAGUUAAUGGAGUCUACGGCUGAAAUUGGCGCCGUCGAGGACGACAUCGUGGAGAACGACACGCAAUUGGCGGUCGAACCUUGCGAUGAGGCACCAAUCUUCCCGUCAGAUGUUGUUCAAAGUGAGUUCGUCGAGAUUCCGACCGAGUUAGUGGAGUUUACUACCGAGACAGUCGAGGCUAGCACCGUCGAGGUUGAUGACGUGGAAGAUACCGCACAAUCAGAGGUCAAGCAGUGUGUAGAUGCCUUACUCGAAACAUUGAGUGAGACAUCGGCGUUGGAGGCUGCACCAGAGGAUGUCGAAGAGUGCACUGAGGAGAAACAAGUCUUGGCUGACUCCCUAGAGAACGUGGAUAAUGCCGACAAUGACGCUAAAGGAAUGGAGGAAGACGAUGAAGAAGCUAGUCCUGCCGAGAACACCGCAUUUACUGAUGCUGAUGCGCUUGUAUGCGAAGGCGGGGAUAGUGCUGAGCUAUCUGCCGAGUCGUCUGCUACCUGUGAAGUUGACGAUACAAAUGAGGUAGCAUCCGCAGAAGAAGUACCGAGCGAAACGCGUGACGAGGUUGAAGCAAAGGACACGGAUGGUCUGCCGGAGUUGCCACCGGUGUCUUCAUCAAUAGAGACGCCAAAAGCUUGUGUGGCCAAAGCGGUCGUUGAGCUGGUUGAGCGCACGGCACUUGCGUUUGUAGCCUCGCUUCACGAGGCAAGUCACUCGGUUCUCGAUGCUCUGGCUGAUAGUGCAGAAGAAGUGUCUCCCCCUGCGGCGGCUGUCGUGUCUGAAGACGACGGUGUUGAACUGGACCCCAUUGACGUAUUGCCAGAAUCUGAAGUCCCUAUCAUCGCGGUUGAUAUCGGUAACGAUGCUGUCUGCGAGGCACUCGUAGUGUCUGCAAGUGAAGGCGAUGCUCCUGUCGAUGUUGCAGUUCUAGAAAUCGCAGGUGGUGAAUGUAGCGAAGUGAAUGUUGCAGCAGCAGAGGAGCUUCUCGCUCAAAGCGAUGACCAACCCGAGCUCUCAAUUAGCCAAGAAAUUGAAACUUCAACUCCACCCGAGAACCCUGACGCAGAAACGGAAUCCGCGGUGGCGCUUACGACGAAAGAUUUUGCUGAUAAUUUCGUUAGGGACGUGCUGGAGAUGUUCGCGACGCCAGCCUCCAUCAAUGAAAACCAGGAGAGUGACGAAGCAGUUACAACACCCGAUGAGGAGGCUGCCACUGUCGACUUAGCGACCCUCUCCACUGAAUCUCCUGCCCAGAACGUGGCGGUGGGAACUGGUGCAUUCGAUACUGCCGCUGAUGUGACGGAUGAAGUUGACGCUGAGCCUAGCCUGGCGCCUACGAAUGCUGAUGACGGUACCAGUUCAACUCAAUGCGAAGUCUUGGAUCUUGAUGAAGUCGUGGAUUUGUCCGGUUCGAAUCCAGUACCAGACGACGAUGCUCAGCAGACGGAACUAGUAACACUAGCUGACGACGAAUCGGUUUCCGCAGCUGAGCGGUUUGAUGACACGGAUCAAGAUCGAGCUCCUGUCCAGGAUUCAGUUGCCGAGUCUGUAUCUGCCGUUGACGCGUUGGCGGUGGCUCAGGAAUUUGUAGCGGACGUCGAAACCAGAGCGCUGUCUACAAUUGUGUCGUGGCUGCAAAAGGAAAGCGGCUCGGAAAGCGCAAGAGGAGGCGAAUACUGGGACAACGAAGAGCUUGAAUCGAAUUCUACGCGUAGUAUCAUCGACAGCUGGAAUAUGUCGGAAGAACAGAACGAAGUAAAUGUAACUACAAGCGAGUCUGAAGUGCCGAUGGAGCUCUCGAGCGAGGCUGAACCCACAAACGCGCCGGUGGAGGACGCCGAUGUCAUUGAAGAGGUCGCUAGACUCCUUGUACGCGAAGUUGCUGAGGAAUCUGAGCUAUUGGCUGCUAGUGAACCUCACGAUGCAGUGGAAAACGUGACGUCUCGAACGGACAUCGCGGGCAUGGAAGCAUACGAGGGGCUAACUGAGACUGACUCAAAGUCUGAAAGGAGAGAGGUUAACGAGCCUGGGGCUGAGGUGGCCGACGUCGCUGAACUGACCGCGAUGGAGUUUUCAACGCAAGAAAUUGUGGCAGAUGUCGCCUUCGUCUUUGCAUCUCAAGCCAUAACCGAAGCGCUCAAUCGACUAUCGCAACCUUCCCCUCUUGGCGAGGAGGAAGAGCAAGAUAAUCAAGACGUGAACGAGACUUCGAAUAAUGAGCAGAAUGACGCGCUGGACGAAGAUGAAGCUGGCGUUGUAAAUGGGGAUGAAGGAGACGAUAAUGCAUGUAAUGUAGACGAGGCUCGCGAUAUCCAAGUCGGAAUUGGUUCUGUUGAGGAUGCCCGUGUGGGUUCAAGCGAGGAAGUCACUGAGUUGCCUGAAAACCCCAUUGAGCAAGUGGUUGACGAGAUCAACAACGCACAUUAUGAUGAAGCUUCACCGCCUGUAGCGCCAAGUGAGAGCCCCGUCGUGCUAAACGCUGAUGUCAGCGAGUUGAUAGAGUCCAUGGUCGUUAUCCUCGCCGAAAGCGAAGGCGACGUGUCGUCAGAAAGGCGAAGUGAACUUGUAACUUCGCCCCUGCCUGUAGAAACAGAUCUGCGUGUGGAGAUCGACGGCGGCAGUGUGCCACCAGACGACCUUGUGUGCACCAAUGGUCCACUACCCGUUGUAGAAGUCGAAAUCGCAGUGGAAGAAGUACCGAGUGUGAAUGAUGCUGAGGAGCUACCGAUCGAAGGUGGAGACAAUGUGACGGAGUUGGUACUCGCGGAAAUGAUUGACAAGGUCACGAAGGACCAAAACUCCAGCUUCGUCGAGACCAGCGAUGCUAUACGGGAUCCCCCUGGUAGCCCCCUUGACAGUGACGACAUGGACGCUAAUAGCUCACUCGAAGAUUCCUGUAUAGUUGAUAAGCCUGGCGAAAUCUCUGAUGCUGUGGAUGAGGGGGUAACAAUUACCACCCUCGACCCAGGGGUAGAGAGCCAAGACGACACUCAAACGCUCUGUGUUGACGAGUCCCUGGCCGCAAUAGAAAGUGAAAUUGACGCGCCCCAGGAGAUCCUUCCGUCUUCGGAUGACGCCCAGCUGAUGGAUUGCGAUACUCCUGAGCCCACCGAGUUGGUUCUAGACGUGGAGGAAAAUGUACCCAGCACUGGUAUUGGCGUACUGGAGCAGAGUAAUGUUGAAGAUAAUGGCGAUCAAGUCGCUAGCGCACUCGAGAGUGAUGACAUGGACGUCAUUGAUGCAAUUCUGGGGGAUAUCGUCACUGCCAUUGAGAGCUACCACCAAGUUGAUGAUCCCGUAGAUGACCUCUCCGUCCUUGUCGAACCAUGCUCGGGUGAGCCUAACAUUUCUAUUCCACCAUCAGAAUCCACAGAGUUACUACCGGCAGGAGCGAUCGACGAACUAGCAGAGGCGGUUGUGGAAGCAGCAGAUGAAGCGUUGACGCCCGAAGCUCACGCUGAUCAAGUAGUGGAAGACGUCUCUCAGUCUGAUUCGAUUGAGACCGAAGCAGAUUCAUCGCAACUGUUUGUUGAAACCGAGGAUGUCGCUGUUGCUCAAGCCGUAGGAGACCUCGUGGAUGCAGUCGCAGAUUGCUCCAACGCCACGCCAACGGUAGACUCCGUCGACGAACCUGACUUCGAUGGAGAAGAUAUCAAGACACAGUGCAGAGAGGACGAGGCUUCGACUGAGCAGGAUACUGCAUCCCAGGACACUUUUGAGUCGGUUGCUGACAGCUCCUACGACCUCGCAGUGCAGUCUGGAGAAAGGCGAGUACUCUCUGAUCUGUGCACGUCCGUGGAACGGAGAUAUGCACCAAGACACGGCGGUCGUGCCCGAUCGGUUCACUUUGCGGGCGGCACAAAGGACGAGAGCUUUGACCGUCAGAAGCACAUGCGGCGCUCCGUGUUACUAUGGGAGGCGCCAGUCGAUUCUGCGAGUACGAAGGAGUCCGUGGAGAGCGCUGCCAAGCGGAGAGCGAGUAAACGGCGGGUAUCACGGCGUACACUCGCGGAUCUGCUCGCAUUUCCCACCGAGUUGGCUCGCUUUACCUCGAGCGACACGACACUUCUGGCGUACGAUGCUCGGCUCGAGCAAGGUCCGAUCUUCUCACUGCUGGACCAGAGUAUCCUCACCAUCAACCCCGACGGCCGCCACAUUCACCUGGACGACCAAGACGAGCGACUGGGCAGUAGCAAGAUGAUCGGCAAGAGACGAACGUUGACGCAGGAGCUGCACUCGAAGAACCUGGCGCGGCGCCAGAUCCCGCGGUUCAACUACAUGCCCAUGAGCAUCAAGUUCCAGUGGUCGGACUUCGUCGUCGCGACGCCCGUGCGUCCCAGCAACAUCAGCUUUGGCGAAGGCCACAACGCCAAGUCUCCCCCAAUCGAGCCCAUGCGCCUCCUCCAGAAGAAAGGGGCCAAACUGCCGUGUGGCAGCUACGUCAUCGUCUCGGCCUUCAUUCGGCCGCUCGAAGACGGCAACGAGAACCUGCGGGUGCAGAUUUACGACGCCGAGCGCGUGGAGGAGUUCCAGUUCGACUUCUCGGAGGAUAUCACGAAGAAAUACCACCUCGAGUCCACGGGUAUGGAGGCGCAGUCGCUCGAGUUCCUCGGUCACCUGGAAUUCCGACGCGAUGAGGACACGAUCAUCAUCAAACUGCCCGAGAAGAAGGCUGCAGAGGGGAGCAAGGCGGAUCCCGAUCGACUUCAAAGUGAGCGCACGAUGGUCGGCGCGGGGGAUCCCCGGAAGAAGGAGCUGCCGUCGAAACAGAGCCGGAUGAACGCGUACCGCCAGAAACGCCCUGCGUCUUCGCCUGCAGUGACGAGCUGUCAAGACUCGAGCGAAUCCUCGGCCGAACAGAUCUCGGACGAAAAUGCGGACGGAAGUGAGGCAGGAGAUCUACAGGAUCCAGAGGCCUCGAGUUGA